AGGAUUUGUGUCUUCAUAAACAUCCUUUACUUCUUCAGUUGUAUCUCCGUCUGUCCGCCAGAUGUCGCUGUUCCUCUGUUAAACAGGACAAGCUGCUUAGUCUGUGCGCAUGCGCAGUAUCCUCAUUUGGCCUCUGGUCUUUUAGACGCUUAUGAUGCGCAGAAAAGGUUGUCCGCUGCUCGGCGCUUGUACACAACUGUUUAAUGUCUAAAUUCGGCCUGAGGAGCCCACUUGGCACUUUCUGCUGACGACAAGAGUCACCGCGACGGUUCACUGUAUGUGGAGUCUGCCAACAGUUACUACGAGCACUGAUGUAGCAUUGUUGCGACAGUUGUGGUUACUCUCCCUCUACCUCCGGUCCCCAGUGCCUCACUGCAUGACCUCAGACAACAGUAAAAUCCACGAGGCCUUCCUCGCCCAGGACCCUUUCCUCUGGACUCCUGACUGCUCGGUAGCCAACAGCACCACAAUUUUCUCAUCUCCUCUUCCAACAGAAGAUUUUUUUUUCCAGUGGAGUUGAACGCCUCCACUUGGGUCAGUGGAGGUGUUGAAGAGCCGUCCCCCAUCCUAUUUAUCCUCUUGAAUCUUUCAGAAUAUUUUUUUUCUCCUGGUUGGCUUGAGCCCGGUUCAGCCGGCCACGUGACUAUUCAAAACUGGGGCGCGAUUCAUGGGAUGCAACCAUGUCGGAUCUCAGUGAGCGCAGGCCGGUCAACACGGACUACGCUGUCUCCCUGCUGGAGCAGCUCAAGUUCUUUUACGAACAGAAAUUACUGACUGACGUUGUGCUGCUGGUGGAGGACACAGAGUUCCCAUGUCACAAGAUGGUCCUGGCCACAUGUAGCUCCUAUUUCAGGGCGAUGUUCAUGAGCGGCCUCAGCGAGAGCAAACAGACCCACGUCCACCUGCGCAACGUGGACCCGGCCACCCUGCAAAUCAUCAUCACCUACGCCUACACGGGCAACCUGGCCAUCAGCGACAGCACCGUGGAGCCGCUCUACGAGACCGCCUGCUUCCUUCAGGUGGAGAACGUCUUGCUGCAGUGCAGAGACUACCUGGUGAAGAAGAUAAACGCUGAGAACUGCGUCCGCAUGCUGAGCAUCGGCGACAUGUUCAGCUGCAGCGAGCUAAAGCAGAGCGCCAAGCGCAUGGUGGAGCACAAGUUCCCCAUGGUGUACAGGCAGGAGGCCUUCCUUCAGCUCUCCCACGAGCUGUUGAUAGACGUCCUGAGCAGCGACAACCUCAACGUGGAGAAGGAGGAGACGGUGCGCGAGGCGGCCAUGCUGUGGCUGGAGUAUAACAUGGAGGCGCGCUCGCAGCACCUGUCCUCCGUGCUCAGUCAGAUCCGCAUCGACGCGCUGUCCGAGGUGACGCAGCGCGCCUGGUUCCAGGGCCUGCCGCCCAACGACAAGUCGGUGGUGGUGCAGGGCCUCUACAAGUCCAUGCCCAAGUUCUUCAAGCCUCGGUUGGGCAUGACCAAGGAGGAGAUGCUGAUCUUCAUGGAGGCCAUGUCGGAAACGAGCGACGCGUACGUGAUGGCCGGGGCCUUGCCUACCACGGUGGUGUGUUACAGCCCGCAGGCGGAGAAAGUGUACAAGCUGAACAACCCCCCUGGCGACCUGCAGAAGGUGGGGACCCUCGUUACGCCAGACAAUGACGUGUUCAUCGCCGGUGGACAGAUCCCUCUCAAAAACUCUGUCACCAACCACGGCAAGAGUGGCAAGUUACAGGCGGUCUUCCGCUCGGUCGAUAGCUUCUUCUGGUUUGACGCCCAGCAGAACGCCUGGGUACCCAAAACCCCCAUGCUGUGUGCCCGAAUCAAGCCCUCCCUGGUCUACUGCGACGGCUACAUCUAUGCAAUCGGGGGGGAUAACGUCGGGGGAGAGCUGAACAAGCGCACGGUGGAGCGCUACGACUGCGAGAAGGACGAGUGGAGCAUGAUGAGCCCCCUGCCCUUCGCCUGGAACUGGAGCACCUCCGUGGCGGCGCACGACUGCAUCUACGUGAUGACCCACGACCUGAUGUACUGCUACUUCCCCCGGGCCGACACCUGGGUGGAGAUGGCCAUGCGCAAGACGAGCCGCUGCUUCGCCUCCGCCGCUGCUUUCGGUGACCUCAUUUUCUACAUCGGCGGCCUCCACGUGGUCAGCAACUCGGGCAUCCGCUUGCCCACGAGCACCAUCGACGGCUCCUCUGUCACCGUGGAGAUCUACGACGUCAACAAGAACGAGUGGCGCCUGGCCGCCAACAUCCCUGCGAAGCGUUACUCGGACCCGUGCGUGCGGGCGGUGGUGCUGCUCAACUCGCUGUGCAUUUUCAUGCGCGAAACCCACAUGAACGAGCGCGCCAAGUACGCGAUCUAUCAGUACGACAUGGAGCUGGACCGCUGGUACCUGCGGCAGCCCGUGUCCGAACGCGUGCUCUGGGAUCUGGGCAAGGACUUCCGCUGUGCGGUGGGGAAGCUGUACCCCUCCUGCCUGGAGGAGUCCCCCUGGAAACCCCCAACCUACCUCUUCUCCCCCGACGGAGCCGAGGAGUUCGAGGUGGACGGGGAGCUGGUGACCCUCCCUCACGUAUAGCUCUUAACCUCUCCUCCCCUACCUCGCUGACUGAACCAGGAAUCUAACGCUGAGGGAUGAACAUGAAGGGGGGGAGGGAGGGAGGGAGGGAUCAGUUCUCUUAAGAUAUGAAAGGGUUCAACGUUCUCAGCUACAGCUGUUGUAACAAUGCAGCCCAAAACAAGCUCGGAGCGAAAAGAUGCCCCUUUUUUUCCUUUUUCUUAUUUUGUCAGUUGUGACAUCUGUUAGAUAUUAUUACAAGUCUGUCAUACUGUUUCUACAAUGUGAUAAUCUAAAACGUCAACUGAUUUUGUGAUGAUGAUGAUGAUGCACUUAACUGGUAAACCUUCUCGGAAUGACAAUGGCAACUGUACCAAAAUCCCUCCCCGAUAAUGGUUUCCCUCUCUUUCCCUCCUCUCUUCUCUCAUCACUAAUAAAGGAACACUCUGUGGAAGAUCUAUCAUUAUGAGUAUAAAACUGUGUGGCUUGAAAGGCUCUCUGAAAACGUAUAAGCUGGCUCCUUUUGUAGAAGGCAGCAGUCUGCAGUCGGCCUGGACUCCAAUGGAGACCCAGUUCAAAUUGUUCCAUAGAAAUGUCUCAAACCAGUUUUAAAGAGCAUUGGUGGUUGGAGAAGUGUUUCUGCAUGUUUUUGAUAUUGCACUUGCAAGUUUAUAUUGACCGUGCGAGUAUUAGUUUGAUGACAAUAAACAUUUCCGGAGCUUUCAGCCACAUCUGGCGGCCUUCAGUGGAUGGUUUGCCGAGUUCAUACAGAGAUGGUUCGAACUCCAUCCGUUUCCAGUAAGUGGACUUGGUGCUUUUGUCAAACUACUGAUUUAAUAAUCAAUAAUGAACCUUUUUUUUUUUUUUUUUUUUUCACGUGAUAAUUAAACCAUCUCUAGGACAACUGAGCAAACUCUUAUCUUACUGAAGGCCACAAGAUGGUAGUUGAAAGCUCUGGAAAACUUUUGGAUUGGAUCUCGUUUUGUCAAAUGCAUCGAGAGUUAAUCUGUCCUUUUUAACUUAAUCUUCUAUAAAAUGUAAAAAGCCCACAUUUAGAUCUUUGAAUAACCACAUUCCAACUCUACAAAAUCCUAAAAGUCUUAUUUUUUACAAAGAUUGAAAAACAAAUUCCUACAAUUGAGAAGCUGGGAUGAGAGAAUGUUUGUUUUUGACAUUUUUGCUUGAGAAAUGACUUAAAUGUAAAGAAAAAUGUGCAACCAUUUUGAUAAUUGAUUCAUCAUUUAAGUCAUGUUUCAGACAUUUUAAAACGUUCUCUGGUUUCAGCUUCUCGGAUGUGAGGGUUUCGCUGUUUUUCUCUGUUUUUACAUCUUUUGUAAAUUGAAUAUUUUUGAGUUUUUGGACAAAAUGGGCAACUUGAAGACUUCUCAACACUGGGAUCUUGUGACGGCUACUUAUUUGCUGUUUUCUGACAUUUUAUAGACCAAACAAUGAAUCGAUAAUAUGCGAUUAAUAAUCCUGUCAAUUGACUAAUCCUCGUAGCACCAGUUGUGGUUCCGGGUCUCCGUUUGAAUCCAGGCUGACUUACAACUUCCAUCCUCCACGAAUAAGCAAAAUACAAACCUUUCAGAGACACCUUUUUUAAAGCUUACAAGUAUUUGAUAGAUUUGAGUGUGUUCCUUUUUUAAAACCGGAUCAAUGUAUUUCUUCUUAAAAAAAAUAAAAAAUAAAAUAAAAAAAAUAAGGCUCCACAGAGGAACAGGGGCCGUGGUUUUCGGGAGGGGUGGAAUAAGUAAGGGGCGGAGAGGGUUCAGAAGAGGUUGACUGCAGGUCCGGUCACCUCUCGUCCCUCGCCCCUCUGUCCUCCACCCUGACUCCACUAUAGCGCCUCCACAGCCUGCCUGUCGCUCUGUUAGUACACAGGUCUUCCACACAGCUAGCAGUUUACACCUCACUCCAUCAGUCGUCACAUUAGCAUUUGUUUUUCUUUCCAUAAGGGUCUCUGCAGACACACACACACACACAACUCCACUCUCAGUAGGUUUCGGGCUCAUGCAUUUUUUAUUUUCCAAGCUGCUGAUAUAUAUAUACAUACAUAUGUAUA